AUGUCGGGCGUUACAACCUGCAACCAGAGCAAGGCACGGGCGGUCGAGAGUCAGGAGGGUAAUCACCCAACGACUGCUUCGACGCCGGCCUACGAGUCGGGAGGCACCGCCUCUGGAUCGCCUGCUGUGCGGAACCCCGUUUCCGUGCAGGAAGAGAAUCCCCCCGCUGUUGGCCACGCGGGUGAGGGACCGGUCUCCAACCCCGGAGAGGGUGAUGGGACAAUCAUGCGGGACCAUGCUGGUACCCGCAGUGAUAGGAACACGCGCCGCGUACGCACCGUAGACCACCGCCCUCGCGCGGUCAGUAGGCAGUUGCCCCCACACAUCGAUAGUACCCCUCUCGACGAGCUCGAGGAGGAGGAAAAUAUGGAUGAUAGUACAAGAAUAAAAUAUGCUUUAGACAUUGCAAAAAACACAAGGAGGACCACGGACUUACUCGUGCCUCUCCUGCAGGAGAUAUUCAAGAAGGUGGACAAGCUGGAAUUCCACCAAGGUAGCCAAGAAACUCCAGAAAGAAAUCCCGGGUAUGAGGAAUCCGAAGAGGAGGAAUUCGAGCAUGGGCCGUCAAAGGGCAAAGGCAUUGACCCUCAAAACUGGGGAAACCUCGGCAUUCCUGACAGGGAAGUUGACCCAGAAGUCCAAGAAGCUCUUCUCAAUGAAGCCCGAGAAAGGAGACAGGAACCUAGUCCAUCAUAUCAGCAGGACACAUUUAAUAAUAGAAUGACAGAACAUGAGAACACACCUGAGUUCGACGCGGAACAGGCGUUCAAUGAGCAUCAGGCGCGACUCGAGCGAAUGGAAGAAGCACUGGCAAGGGAAAAAGAAGCCUUUGAAGAGCUUUUCCGUGAGCGAUUGGUCAAGGAGCAAAAUACAAGACGCACUGCGAAUAAUAAUAGGAUUUCAUCAACGCCCAUGUCAAGAGACAUCGAGAGGCUCAUCAACAGGACACCUGGUGAUAAUUACCUGGUCCGUAAGCCCACAAACGCACUGAAGCCGAGUAAUCAGCUACCCCACGACACGUUAAUGGGUCGAUACUUCAAUUCUGAGACUAAUGGCGAGCUACGCAGAGAUGACCAUACCGAGAGGAGGAAUGACUCACCAGGAAAUUCCCUUUGA